AUGGCACAGGAUAAAGUAAAGGGUCCAUCUUUUCAGUCUAUCAGAUCACUGCCUGCAGAUUUCGGGUCUGUUAGGGGUUACUCUAAGAAUGAUGGGAUCAUUUUAUCUGAUAAUGCAUCCGGAAAUGUUCUUUUACCGAGUGAUGCUAGUUUGGAUAAUGAGGAAUCACCCUAUCGUAAUUCGGGCGUGCCACUAAAAAUUGGGGCUUCAUUGAGUAACAAUGGUGAUGAUGCAUAUGCUAUGAAUACUAACAUCCAGUCGAUUAAACAGUCGCAUGCUGACUCUAAGUGGAGUGACACGACUCCAUACGCCUCAAAGAAGAAGCUUCAGUCAUGGUUUCAGCUUCCUGAUGGAAAAUGGGAGCUGGGGACUAUUCUUCAGACAUCUGGAAAUGAGGCACUGAUAUCUUUGGCUGAGGGAAAAGUUCUGAAAGUGAACACAAAGUUUCUGGUUCCUGCAAACCCUGAUAUACUUGAUGGUGUGGAUGAUCUUAUGCAAUUGAGUUACUUAAAUGAACCUUCAGUUUUAUACAAUCUCCAGUAUAGAUAUGAUCGCGAUAUGAUAUAUACCAAAGCAGGCCCUGUUCUGGUUGCCAUUAAUCCCUUUAAGAAAGUGCGUUUAUAUGGUAAUGAUUAUAUUGAUGCUUAUAAGCGCAAAUCUAUGGAGAGCCCACAUGUGUAUGCUAUCACUGAUACAGCUAUGCGUGAAAUGAUCCGAGUGUGGUGUAUUUAUUUUUUAUCCAGUGGCGAAAGUGGAGCUGGGAAAACUGAGACAGCAAAAAUUGCAAUGCAAUAUUUGGCUGCUCUGGGAGGUGGUAGCGGGAUAGAAUAUGAAAUACUGAAAACAAAUCCAAUUCUGGAAGCCUUUGGUAAUGCCAAAACAUUACGAAAUGACAACUCAAGUCGCUUUGGAAAGCUGAUUGAAAUUCACUUCAGUGAAGUUGGAAAAAUAUCGGGCGCCAGAAUUCAAACUUGUAAGAUUGCUUCCAGAAUAAAAGGUCUUGCUUCCAGAGUUGUUCAAUGUACAGACGGAGAAAGGUCAUAUCAUAUCUUUUAUCAGCUCUGUGCUGGAGCUCCACCUGUCCUUCGAGAAAAAUUGAGAUUAAAGAGCGCAGACGAGUUCAAGUAUUUGAGCCAAAGUAACUGCUCUGCGAUUUCUGGGGUUGAUGAUGCUGAACAGUUUCGUAUUGUCACGGAAGCUUUAGGUAUUGUCCAUGUUAAAAAAGAAGACCAAGAAAGUGUUUUCGCGAUGUUAGCUGCUGUACUAUGGUUGGGAAAUGUUUCCUUUAUGGUGAUAGAUACUGAAAAUCAUGUUGAACCUGUGGAGGAUGAAGGUCUAAUCAACGUUGCUACACUGAUUGAGUGCAACAUUGGGGAGUUAAAGCUAGCUUUAUCAACUCGAAAAAUGAGAGUAGGAAAUGAUACAAUUGUGCAAAAGCUUACCCUAGCUCAGGCAAUUGAUACAAGGGAUGCUUUGGCAAAAUCAAUUUAUUCUUGUUUGUUUGACUGGCUAGUUGAACAAAUCAAUAAAUCACUAUCAGUAGGCAAAAGGCGCACUGGAAGAUCCAUUAGUAUUCUUGAUAUUUAUGGUUUUGAAUCAUUUGAGAGGAAUAGUUUUGAGCAAUUCUGCAUCAAUUAUGCCAAUGAAAGAUUACAGCAACACUUCAAUCGUCACUUGUUCAAAUUGGAGCAAGAGGAAUACAUUCAAGAUGGCAUUGAUUGGGCAAAAGUUGAUUUUGAAGACAAUCAAGAUUGUCUUAAUCUCUUUGAGAAGAAACCAUUAGGGUUGCAAUCCUUGCUGGAUGAGGAAUCAACUUUCCCAAAUGGCACAGAUUUGAGCUUUGCCAAUAAGCUCAGGCAACACCUGAACUCCAACCCCUGUUUUAGAGGUGAAAGAGAGAAAGCCUUUACGGUGUGCCAUUAUGCUGGAGAGGUUACCUAUGACACUACAGGGUUUUUAGAGAAGAAUCGGGAUUCACUUCAUUUAGAUUCGAUUCAGCUUCUGUCUUCUUGCACAUGUCACCUUCCUCAGGCUUUUGCAUCCAGUAUGCUCACUCAAUCUGAGAAGCCUGUAGUAGGUGCAUUGUAUAAAUCUGGUGGAGCGGAUUCACAAAAAUUAAGUGUUACGACAAAGUUCAAGGGACAAUUAUUCCAAUUAAUGAAACGUCUUGAAAACACAACCCCACAUUUCAUUCGCUGUAUAAAGCCUAACAACUUCCAGUCCCCUGGAAGCUACAGUCAAGAGCUGGUACUGCAACAGCUAAGGUGCUGUGGGGUGUUAGAAGUUGUCAGAAUAUCAAGAUCUGGUUUUCCGACAAGAAUGUCACAUCAGAAAUUCGCUAGAAGGUAUGGUUUUCUUCUAUUAGACCAUGUUUCAUCACAGGAGCCACUCAGUGUAUCAGUAGCAAUUCUUCAUCAGUUUAACAUUCUGCCUGAGAUGUAUCAAGUUGGGUACACAAAACUGUUUUUUCGAGCAGGACAGAUUGGAGUUCUUGAAGAUACAAGAAAUCGUACGCUUCACGGUAUCUUGCGCUUGCAAAGUGUCUUUAGGGGUCAUAAAGCUCGCUGUUAUCUGAAGGAGUUUAGGAGAGGCAUUGUCACUCUUCAGUCUUUUGUCCGUGGUGAAGAAACAAGAAAAGAGUAUGCAGCCUUAUUGCAGAGGCAUAGAGCUGCUAUAAAUAUCCAAAAGCGCAUAAAGUCCAGGAUUUGCCAAAGAAAGUUCCAAAGAUUAAGCGACGCAUCUACUGUUGUACAAUCAGUUAUUCGUGGUUGGUUGGUCAGAAGGUGUUCGGGGGACAUAGGAUUGCUACAAUUUGGUGGCAGAAAGGACAAUGAGGCCUUGGAGGUGCUCGUGAAGUCGUCCUUUUUAGCCGAACUCCAGCGACGGGUCCUACGGGCUGAAGCCUCUCUGAGAGAAAAAGAAGAGGAGAACGACAUCCUCCGGCAGAGGGUGCAGCAGUAUGAGGAACGGUGGUCCGAAUACGAGCUGAAGAUGAGGUCCAUGGAGGAGGUUUGGCAGAAGCAGAUGCGCUCCCUACAGUCGAGCCUUUCCAUUGCAAAAAAAACCCUCGGCCUCGAUGGAAAUGGGUCCCCCCGCGAGUCGGACGCCAGCGAUGGAGACGUCAUCGGGCGGCUGACGGAGGAGUUUGAGCAGAGGAGUCGGGUUUUUGGGGACGACGCAAGGUUCCUAGUUGAGGUGAAGUCGGGUCGGGCAAAGGCGGGUUUAGAUCCGGAUGUGGAGUUCCGGAGGCUGAAGCAGAUGUUCGAGGCGUGGAAGAAGGAUUACGGGGCGAGGCUGAGGGAGACGAAGCUUAUUCUGCACAGGAUGGGAACUGAGGAAGGGGUGGGGUCGGGUGAUGGGGCAAAGAAGAAGUGGUGGGGAAGGAGGAAUAGUACAAGGACCAACUGA